UACGAGCCCGCUGAUCGAUAUGAGUAUCAGGAAUAUCUUGGAACAACGGUGGUCGUCGCCGUCUAGGCAUACCAAGGUCUAGAUGACCUUGUUCGCCCGAAUAGAACCUUGAUCUCGGCUCUAAUCUACUUCUAUUAAGAGUGAUCCCUUUGAAGGCUUCACCUUCACUUCGGCGCGCUGCUCCUCUAUUGGAUGAAUAGGCCUAUUGACAUUUUUUACUCUUUAUUGACCUUAUUGACAGCAGCGGGGAGGCGAGCGGCCUCGAACGCCUGAUCUAUUUACUUGUUUGACCUUCGAAGUUAAAUACUUCCCUUCUCAACACUGAAUUUCUCUCACCACUGACUACAAGCUCAGCGACCAUAGGCAAGCAUCUGGUCACAGUCAACAUACGAUUCUCCAACUUAUACCACUCAUUUUACGAACCCAUCUGAUUCUUCAUCAUGAGGAUCAACGCCAUCAUCGCCGCCACCAUCCUCGUGGCAACCGCCUCUGGUGCUGCCCUCCCAGUACCUACUGAGGCAGACGCUCCCGCCACUACCGCCGAGUGGACUCCAUGGAGGCCGUACGGUCUUCCCAUUGGAAAGCGCGAUGCCGAGGCAGAGGCAGGCUGGAAGUGGACUCCAUGGCGCCCGUACGGCCUUCCUAUCGGAAAACGUGAUGCGGAGGCAGAAGCAGAAGCAGGCUGGAAGUGGACUCCAUGGCGCCCAUAUGGCCUUCCCAUUGGCAAACGCGAUGCGGAGGCAGAGGCAGAAGCAGGCUGGAAGUGGACUCCAUGGCGCCCAUAUGGCCUUCCCAUCGGCAAGCGCGAGGCAGAGGCAGCGGCAGAGGCAGGUUGGAACUGGACACCGUGGAGGCCGUACGGUCUUCCCAUCGGCAAGCGUUUCCCAGAAGCCAUGCCCGAGGCAGAGGCUCAGCCAGAAGCUGAGGCGGCUCCUGAAGCUCAACCCGAGGCUAAGAACUAG